AUGGCGAGUCCCAGUCCCCCUAAGGAUAAGGAGCUCAUGCCCUCACCUCCUGCAAGCAAGCCUUCAAAGGGACUUCCACGAUCAACUGGUCCUGCGGAUACCAUUGGGCAAGAAAUGCGUCUCGUUUGGGAAUGCUUCCAUAGUAACUCUGCAAACCGGGUUAACUGGGAGACUGUCGCUAGCAAUCUUGGCCUAUCUAGAUCUGCUGUCUUUUGCCGCUUUUACCGUUUGAAAAAGAGGAUGCAGGACGCCGGUGUUAACGUGGGCAGUUCCCCAAUGAACCAGGGGAGUAACCCUCCUUCGGAUAGCCCAACUCCAACACCAAAGAAGCCACGCAAGCGGAGCUCUGUUGUCGUGGAGAGCGAGCAAGAUGAGGAAAAAAUCCCCAAGAAAAAAGCGACUAGGAAGGCAAAGAUAGCCACGCCUCCCGCUGAGCCCACGCCUCCUGCUGAGCCAAGCUCUGAUGAGUAUGCUCUGUCUCACUAUCAAGGCGAACCUGACGAGGUGUGA